AUGAGCUACGCAGAGUACCCCGAAUUCGAGGCCUAUCAACAACGGUGGAACACAACCGAGUCGCAUACCAUCAUCACGUCCCUUCUCCUGGGCGCUAUCAUAGCUGUAUACGCCCUCUUCAAAGGCCUGGAUAUACUAGGCUAUCCUGCCUGGCAUCUUUUACAGCAUUUUCUCGAAAUGGCAACCGAUGUCCUCCGCCUCCGCGGCGCCUCCUUCAGCUCAACAUCCUCCACCUCAACCGACGACGAUACAACGCAGCAGGGAGGCAUGUUCGGUAGCCUCUUUGGUACGAGCCCGGGAAACCUAUUACAAAAAGGCGUACGAGGUGUCGCGAAUGCCUUUUCGAAGGGCCCUAGCGACAUUCCACCGGGCUUGGGCAAUAUUAGCAACUCUUGCUACCAAAACAGUGUUAUUCAAGGACUCGCCUCCCUUCCAUCUCUACGCGACCAUCUGUCCAAGACGACUUCCCAACACCCCGCGCUCACUCCCGAUAGCACAAAUGGCGCGCUAUUCGAUAUCAUCACUAAGCUCAACGACCCGGAUAACAAGGGUCAACAUUUUUGGAUACGUGGCAAGUUGAAGUCAAUGAGCACUUUCGAGCAACAGGAUGCGCAGGAAUACUAUAGCAAGAUAUUGGAUGCGCUAGAUGAGGAAGUCAAGAAGACUGCGAGUAGUAAGAGACGAUCCUCUGUCUCCUGGCUUGAAGUUACAAAGAGCCUGAGCGACUCAACAGAUGCAGAUAAGAAAGCGCAAGACGGAACAAAAAACGGGACGGAUAAGUCGGGAUCGUCACCUCAGGUCCCAUCGAACCCGCUCGAGGGACGCCUUGCUCAGCGCGUUGGCUGCACGUCUUGCGGCUACUCCGAAGGCCUCACGCUCAUCCCGUUCAACUGCAUCACCGUGUCUCUUGGCAAGAACUACAGCUACGAUGUUCGGGAAUGUCUAGACGAGUACACAACCCUGGAAUUCAUCGACGGCGUCGAAUGCGCAAAGUGCACGCUGCUUAAGCUGCAGAGGACUCUUUCGCCUUUAGUCGCUAGUAAGCCCGAAUCACCACUGAAAGCAAGACUAGAUGCUGUACAAGAGGCACUGGAAAAGGAAGAUUUUGAAGACAAGACACUGCUAAAAACCUUGAAUGUGCCGAAGAAGAAUUGGGUGCAGAGCACAAAGUCGAAACAAGCUGUUGUUGCACGCGCGCCUCAGUCGUUAGUCCUGCAUGUCAACCGAAGCAGCUUCAAUGAAUACACCGGCAUGCCGUUCAAAAACACCGCGGGAGUCUCAUACCCAACGGUAUUGGAUCUUGGAAAUUGGUGCUUGGGCGGCAUCCCUAAUGGCUCGCAACAGCCCGCUGCAUCCGAAGAGGAGUGGCCGAAGGAUCCUAGACAGUCGAUGUUGGCAAGGGAUGAGCCUAUGACAGAUUCGCCUUUCCAAUACCGAUUGCGCGCCGCUGUUACGCAUUACGGCUCGCAUGGUAAUGGUCACUACGUCUGCUACCGUUCACACCCUAAGACUGCAUCCAAGCCCAAGAGCUCUGAAGACGAUGAGGCAUCAUCGACGGAAGAUGAUGAAGGCGAAGAUGUUGCCGUACAAGAGUCGGAAGAAGUUACUUCUACAUCACAGCCAGAGCAGUGGUGGCGCUUCAGCGAUGAUAGCGUUUACCCUGUAUCCGAGGAUGAAGCGCACCAAGGGAACGUCUUUAUGCUCUUCUAUGAGCGUAUCGACGAAGAAGCUCCUUCAACACCAUAUGCUGCAUCGGAGAUCACAUCCGUGGUCGAGAAGGCACCAUUGCCGCCAGCUGAUGCUGCUGUUGAUAGCCUAACAGCGGUUGAUGAGGACGCCAUCGCCACCGCUCUGCCAGACGACGAUGACGAUCUGCUAGACCUCAUCCCACCACAAUCAACUCCAGUGCCUCAACCAGCCACCAUCGACUCCAACCAAACCCAAGAACCAGCAGAAGAGCCAAUCUCACCAUCCCCUACAAUCAGCACACCCACCGAGGUAGCCCCACAAUAUAACGAGACAGAAGCCAGCGAUGCAGAGUCUGAAGACGCGCCUUCCACCCAAUUGACGUCUGACAACGAAUCCGAAGCCGAUGUACCCACCCCACCGACCAGUGCAAAGACUACUCCACAGCUACAAAAAGUCUCACCUAACCUCAUGCGCACAGCGGGUAACAAGGCGAGUAGAGGCCAACAAGGCAGUAACAGGCAGAGUUUACCGUUGGUGUCUGCUACGUAG